AUGGGGCUUCCAGGCGGCGCGCAAAGAACUAUCCCCUAUCUUGUCGUCGUCUGUUAUGCCGCGCAAUCCUCCAAGGUGUUGGGUGAAGGUGAUAGUGCAAAGGCCGCGGAUGAGCGCCAGGACGAGUCAAGGCGAUAUCAGAUUCCGAGAUACCACUCCCUCGACUUCCUCUACGGAGUAGUAGAAUCAUUAUCGUUCUACUCUCGGCUACCUGCUAGCAUAGCAGCAAGAGGCACUGCAUCAAAAGGAUAUCUCUUCUCAGCAUCUGAGUUAGCUUGGUCAGCAAUGACAUUGUCAACCGAGAUGACAAUUGUGACUCGUUCUGACGGCUGA